UUUGCUAUGAACUUAAUGUUAUCAUUGCGCAUUGAUUACAGCUGUUAUCCUGUUUAUUUACUCAAGAACGAUCUAGAUUUCUAGAAUUUGGUAGUCGCUAUAUAGUCAGUGAUCACUGAUCAUUAUAAAGCAAACAAUAAAAGAAUAAAGAUGUCUCUGUGGCCGGCGGCAAGACCAUUAUUUGGGGAUGAAGUUGUUCUAAGAUCUAUCGAUUGGCUGGAAAAUUUCCCUUGGAGAAACGAAAGCUCUAUGAGGGCAGAAAAUAGUAAAUAUGAAAUUCGAAUGAAUCUUAAGGACUUUAAACCCGAAGAGAUAACCAUCAAAACAACGGACGGAUUUAUCGUUGUUGAAGGUAAGCAAGAAGAAAAAAAAGAUGAGCAUGGCUAUGUUUCUAGACAUUUCGUUCGAAGGUACGCUAUACCCGAAGGUGUUAAAGCAGAAAGUGUUGAGUCGAGACUUACUGUGGAUGGCGUAUUGGUUAUAGCCAUUCCACGUAAAGAAAAAAUUAAGCGUGACACUAUCAUACCAGUUACUCAUGAAGGUGUUAAAUCUAAACUAUAAGAUAGAGAAGAAUGAAAUAUCGACGAAAAUAUGUGUUAAAGGAAAAAUGUUUUUUUUUUUUUAAUUUUAUAUGUAAUUGUAUAGUUAAGGGUGUUUGAUUUAUUGUUUUUAAAUUUAUGGGUCUUUUAUAAAGGGUCAUGAGCAUUUUAUAUUAGUUAGUAGUUAUAUGUUAUUUUUUUUCAAUAAAUAUCAUUCCAUUGUA